AUGGUCCUUACUGACGAGCAAAAGAAAGUUAUCAAAUCAACAGCACCAGUUUUAAAAGAACAUGGCAAACAAAUAACAUCAGUUUUUUAUAAACAUAUACAAGAAGCUCAUCCGGAACUUCGCAAUUAUUUCAAUCAAUCAAAUCAAACAACAGGUACUCAACCAUUAGCAUUAGCACAUACUCUUUAUUGUGCUGCUGAACAUAUCGAUAAUUUGGAGGUACUCAUGCCACAAGUACAACAAAUUGCCAAUAAACAUCGUGCCCUUUUGGUCAAACCCGAACAUUAUCCAAUCGUCGGAAAAUUUUUAUUAGAAGCCAUUGCUGAAGUUUUAGGCAGUCAAGCAACACCUGAAAUAUUAGAAGCAUGGAAAGCUGCAUACAGUGUUAUUUCUUCAAUCUUCAUUGGCUUGGAGAAGGAAAUGUAUGCCAAACUCGGCGAUAGUGAUAAAGCUUAUGCUGAAUACAAAAUUGUUAAAAAAGACACAAUUGCAAGUGGACCAACUGUUGCCGUUACACUCGAACGUGCCGAUGGAGGAAAAUUAGUCGAUUAUCAACCCGGACAAUAUAUUGUAGUACGUCUUGAAAAAGAUGGUUUGUUUCAUAAUCGAUUCUAUGGUUUGACUGAACCAUCCAAUGGCAAGACAUACAGCAUUGUUUUGAAACAAGAAGCUGACAAUGCUUCAAAUGCUACUGUCUCAAAUGAAAUUAUUAACAAUCGUGAUGUUGGCAGUACAGUUUUAGUUUCAGUCCCUUCUGGUACAUUCGGACUUGUCAAAGAUGCCAAACAUCAUGUACUCAUUGGUGGUGGUGUCGGUAUUGGCCCAAUCAAGGCUAUGGUCGAAGCUUUACAUGCCGAAGGAAAAUCAGCUUCAGCAACAUUAGUUCACUGUGUACGCACUGCUGAUCAUGCUGCUUUUGCCGAUAAAUUACGUGCUGCUGUUUCAGAUGGUCAAUACUUAUUAUUAACAGCAGAUAAUCCAAUAUCAAAAGCAGCAAUUGGAAGCAAACUUACUCCAGAUUCACAUGUUUAUGUAAGUGGAUCAGAAGCAUUUGUAACCAUUGUCGACAAAGUUCUCGGAGAAUGUGGCCAUCCAAAAUCUCAAAUUCACACAGAAGCAAUUGGACCAACACUUAGCAUAUUAAACAGAUGUUGUUAA